CGAUGAAAAAGAGAAGACGACGCAAUCAUCUCUCUUUGUCUAGCGAUCAAUGUAUUACCACUAUCGACAAUAUCGAAAAGUGGACGUAGCACGGAAAUGAAUUCGGCUGUUUUAUCCUGUCUGAAAAUGGACGUGGCCAUGUAGUUCCAAGCGAUCAUAAAAUGGACGUAGAGGCACUGCUGUACGGGACUGAGAGCUAUCAUAUGAAAAACGCCGGGAUGGCCGCUCUCAGGCUUCUCUCUGAAGAAAAAGAAGAAGAGCAACGAUCAAUCGAUCAAGUGGCGUAGAGGCAAAUUCUUUAUAGAAGCAAUUACAAAGAAGAAAGAGAAGAUCCAGAAUGUUUGAAAUAUGUAAAUAAUAUAUCUAUGCAAACAAAUGGGAGUAAAUGAGAUCUCUUUAUCUUAAAACAAUUUUAAUAAACAACAAAAAAAUAAUGGCGUCCAUUUCGGAAAAUAUUGAGGAAAAAGAACAGGAAGGUCCGAUUAGAUGCAUAUUCUUUGCCGAAUUUCAUCACAUAGCGGGACCUAAAAUUACAUGUCAGGUACCUGAUAAUUUUAUAUCCAAAGAUAUCUUUGACAAUGUCAGUGUUUACAUUAUACCUAAAGCACAAUUACAAAGAAGCACAAUUACAAUCACAUUAAAGGACUACAAAAUUUUAGGAUUCCCUGUAAAAAUUGACGAUAAGAAAUAUGCAAGAAAUGCGUUUUACUUCAACUUGUGUUUUGUUUGUGAUGCAAAUGCUCGGACUGUUCAUUACGAACCAGUAGUUAAGAAAAUGUCGGAUUUUUUUAUGGCUUUGGAAAUAGAAAAUUGCUUUUUAUCUGCCUCUGAUGAUAAAUCCAGGUUAGCAGAGAUGCUCACACAAGUCAUGCAGGAUUUAAAUCUGCACAAAAUGUGUACAUUGACUGAAGGAACAAUGACAUCUCAUUUGAAAGUAGUGAGAUUAGCACCUGAACCCAAGUCAGUUCUCGAUCAUCAAGUACCAAUAUUCUUGGAGGGUAGAGAGACAUUUCAGAGUGAUCAAUGGGAUCUGACUACACAGCAAGUGUUACCUUAUAUCGAUGGCUUUAAUCAUGUGGCGCGUAUAGCAGCUGCAGCCGAUGUAGAAAAUAAUUUAGUUAAAAGCUGUGUACAAAACCUUGUAUAUUAUGGAGUUGUGACUUUGAUUCCAAUAUUUCAAUAUAGUAAUGUUUAUGCUGUAACUCCGAAAUUAAGGCAAUUGGGAGAUGAUAUAAAAUUACAGAAUAGAUGUAUAGCAUAUGCUUCUAAAUUACCCAGGCAACCUGCAUAUUUUAGGGAUAUAUAUCGUAUGUACUCAAGUAUGACUUAUGGCAUUACCAUGAAGGACUUGUGCCAACGUCUUAAUCCACAAAACUUGAGAAUAAAUGAGAGAAAAUUAGUACAAUUUGGUUUGAUAGAGGGGCUUAUUAGGAGAGUAUAUAAUUAUCCUGUACUUCUUCCCGGUGCAUCUUGCAGCGAAGAAGCAAAGAACAAUCCAAUCUAUAAAUAUUUUACAGGCACAUAUAGCCUCGAUGAAAUAUGCUGUAGCACGGGUCAAUCGACCGCACAAAUCGAAGAUAUUAUUGAACGCGAUCCGAACGUACUAAUGAUAUGGAAGUGAUGAUUAUAGAAUAAAAAUUAAAAAUAUAAAAUAA